GUUUAAUACUAUUCUUUUGUAUAAACUUUAGAACAUAAGAAAAGUUGGUCUGGUUCAAAUCUAGAAUUGUAUUCUUUUUGGGACGGAGGGAAUAUACCAUUGUGGAAAAACAUAAAUAAUACAGUAAUAUGCAACUAGAUGUAUAAAGAAAAAGCCGUAAGAUAAGAACCAAAUGGACGACUGUCUUCAUCUAUCAGACGCAAGCAGAAAGGUUAGAUUUUGCACGUCAAGCAAUCCUGGCUUAUCUGUGGUGAUUUGGUCUACUUUCUGAUAAGCAUGUCCCUGUUGACCUAUUUUAUUACUAUGCUUGUCUGUUAUCAAUCAUGACCACAAGGAGGGAAGCCUUUGGCUGUUAGAAAAGGUUCCGUGGUGCCUAGCAGAUGAUCGUGGGCAAUGUUUUAAACAAGGAGGUAACCCUUUGCAUCUUCUGCAUGCAAAGUUUAUGCUUUCUUCUCAUAAUCAAGAAAUGGAACAAUACUAAUCUUGCCUUGAAAGAUAAAGAUGAUUUCUAGGUUGUUUAAAACUCAGAGCUGCUGGUCUUUAUCUCUGAGGUAUAUUUAUGUGAAAUAAAAUCAAAUGGUAUGGAAUAACCCUAGCCUAUACAUUUUGCUUGUUCCGGAAAACCUUUGUUUUUUUUUUGUUCUUGACCAAGGAUCAAUGUUAUCGCAACAUCUAUAUGGAUGGUUAAAUACCUGAACAAACUUGGCAUAGUUUAGCCCUGAAGGCAAAGCAAUGUAGGAACAACUUUGGGUGGGCAUACAUAUAGUAGUUAAAAGCUUAUUCCACUGAGAGUGGAGGAAUGAUGAAAUCUUUUCAAUGGAAAGCAAGAAUGCAGAGAGCAUCAAGAAUCUUCUUCUGAAGAUAGUAUUUCCCUUAGCUUUUCCCCUGGCUGGUGCUUUUAUCUGUGACCUCAUAACAAACAGCGCAAAUAGGCACAGUAGUUCCACAGACUCAUCUGGUAGUUCGUUCCAAUUGGAACAAUCAUUCAGUUCAAUCUGUGAAGAAGAGGAGGAAGAAAUGGAAUCAACUCGCCGCACACAGCAAAAGUUGGCGAGAACAGAGAGUGCCUGCAGCACUGCCGGCAGGCUUCUGAUCAGUGAACUUGCAAGUGCAAGGCAGGCUUCGAAUGCCGAAGAAGCCAUGGUGGUAGAGGCCACCGAGGAUCCAUCAGAAGCUGCAUCCAAGAACCAGAUCCAUGAUGACCAGAGAACGAAGACAGACGAAAUGGCGAGCCUGAAGCUCAUGGUGUCAGCCCUUGAAGACAGAGCCUGCACCAUCGAGGCACAGUUCCACGAGUACUGCGACAUGAAGGAGCAAGAGUCAGCAUACCAGAAGAUGCAGAUCAUGUGCCUGGGCAUGAAGCUGGAGCUGCUGGAGUCUCAGAACCAGCGGCUCGAAGCAGCCGCCGCAGAGAUCCGCGCGGCCGCCGAAGAGUUUGCGGCCAUGAGAGGCAAGCUUGAGAGGCUGCAAGGCAAGUUCAAGACAAUGUCGAAGAGAAGCAAGCAAGAUUCGGAUGCUGUUGGUGAGAAGAUCGUGGCUCUCAAUGCGAAACAAGCCCAGAUGGCGAGAAGGUGCGAGGAGUUUGAGCAGGCCAUGGAAGAGAUGAAGCAGCUGACUGUGCAGCUUCUGGAGCAGAAGGGAGCAAACAAUGAGAACGUGGAGGUGGCGGUGGAGAGAAGCUUGCGGAACCUGUCGAGCGGGAGGGACCUGGUGGACGGGCUGGAGGCGCUGCGGGACCGAUGGGCGGCCGGCAUGGAGGAGAUGAUCUACCUGGGCUGGAUCACGGCCUGGCUGCAGCACGACCUGAUGCUGAUCGACGACGACAACGACUACGGCGGCACCUACGGCGGCGACGACGACGAAGAAGAUGAGCAAGACGGCGUGGCGCCACGGCAUGCGCCGGAGGAGCUGGAGGAGGAGAAGAAGAAGAAAGGGGAGACGAUGGUGGCGUCGGUGCCGCCGAGCAACCAGGUGGAGCUGUGCAAGGCCGCGUCCGUGUCGUCGACCGGGUCCGGGUCGGCCCCGCCGCGCCGCAGCGUGGAGACGGAGCCGUCGUGCAUGGGGUUCGCUGCGGCGGCGUCCGGCGGGCGCGGAAGGGACGGCAGCGGCGGGUGGAGCAUCGGGCGGCCGAGGCUGCUCCGGAAGCUCCGCGGGUGGGCCGCCGGAGGGAAGGCAGGAGGAGGCAAGAGCAAAACCACGCGGUGCAGGAUCGUGGGACCGUGUUGUCAGAAAUAAUAAAUUGAAUUAGCCGAUUUGUGCAUAUACUAGAUUUGUGCGUCAAAAUGGAGAAUGUAAGUACUACUUUUUCCAAACGCGAGAAUUGUACCCUUUUCUUUAAGGUCUCGUUUAGUUCUCAAAUUUUUUAAUAUAUGUACGGAGCAUUAAAUAUAUAUUAAGAAAUUUG